AUGACGAGAGGAUAUUCAUUAGAACAAGAUUUAAGAUUGUUAGUAAAUAAUCCAAAGUACAGUGAUGUAGAAAUUUUAUGUGAAGAUGAAAAGAUAUUACACGGUUGUAGAGCAAUUUUAGCAGCGAGGUCCGAUGUAUUUGAUAGAUUACUUUAUAAUGGAAUGAAAGAAAGUUAUGAAAAACAAAUUUCUUUUCCAAAGAUUAAGUCCGCUGGAAUGGAAAUUAUAUUAGAAUAUAUUUAUACAGGGUCAGUUAAAGAAGAAUCUUUAACAAAAGAUAAUACUGUUGAAGCUUUUUACGCUGCAGACUAUUUUCAAUUGUCAGACCUUCAAGAUUUUAUUUUGAAAACAGUUAAGAAUACUAAUUUUGCAAAAAAUUAUUCACCAGAAUUACUAUCUAAAAUUUCGGAAAAAAUGCCAUUAACAGAAGAUAAUAUUCUUCUUAAUUUAUUGGUUGAAGCAGCGGCAAAUAUUUUAUUAAAUAGAAUUGAAUUCGGUCGAUUGUCUAUUAUGGGCCUUAAAUAUCUUUUAUCUUGUACAUAUGAAAAAGAAAAGCCAUUUGUAACUCCAGAAUAUGAGGUUUUUCGAUAUAGCGCUAUUCUUGCAGCAAAACAAGUUUCUAAUGAUGCACAUAAAAUUUUUAUGAAACAAUUGCCAACAUUAGAACAGUUAGAAAAUACAAGUCCAAUCAAGGUAGAAAAUAAAUUUACUGGUCAUCAAAAAGUUGCUAAAGAAUUAGAAACUUUGGUUAAAUUUAUUGAUUUCAGAAGAAUUAAACCUCAAAUAUUAGCCGAUAUAAUUGAACCACUAGAAAUUAUCCCAGAUAAAAUAAUUUCUAAUGUUUAUCGAUAUGUAGCGUUAUCGAGUAAUUUAAAUUUAAAUAAUACUCGUGGAAUAUCAAUUAAUGAAAUCGGCUACUAUUUUUGGGAUAAGUCAGCAUGUGGAUCAAAACUUGUUAUUGAGGAUAAUGGAAAAAUUGUAUAUGCACUAGAUGGUUAUAAUUCACACCAAAGUGUUAGAGCUAAAAUAGCAUUAGAAGAUAAAGGUAUAUUUGAAUGGGAUGUUAUUAUUGAGAAAGCUUGUUCUUAUUCUUGGGUUGGAGUAUGUGCAUCAGAAAAUCUUAAUUAUGAAUCUUGGGCAGGAGCCCAACCUACUGGAUGGGUAUUGGGUUCUGGUGGUGCGCUUUAUAAUCAUAAUAAAGUAGUAAGAAAUUAUUGUCCAGCAUUUGGAGAUGGUGCAAGAAUUGCAGUUCAUUUAGAUAUGAAUAAAAGAACUUGUACUUUCUCAGUCAAUGGUAAAAAGUAUCGGGAGGUAUCAGAAUGGAAUAAUUUACCAUCAAAACUUUAUCCAGUAGUAUCAUUUAAUUCUCCUGGUCGCUUUCGAAUUUUGCCCCAUCAAAAAAAUUAG